UACAAUGCUUUUCUGACGUGAUAAGAAAGAAGUGUUUUUCUGUUAUAUUGGUCGGGCUGAACAUGGCGGCCAAGAGGUGUAUUCAGACACUUUUACAACGGAAUUGCUCCCAGUUACGGAGACAUUUUAGCGUUUUUAACAACCGGAGACAAUCCUUUAAUGUUCAUAACGCGGAGUUUGGCCAGUCCCCUCAGUUCGGCAUACUGUUCGACAUUGACGGAGUUCUAGUACGCGGGAAGCGUGUUCUGAACGAAGCAGUCGAGGCCUUCCAGAAGCUGUCCGAUGGAGAGGGUCAUCUACGAGUGCCAGCAGUGUUUGUUACCAACGCUGGCAACAAGCUGAGACAAGCUAAAGCAAAACAGCUAACCGAAUGGCUGGGUGUUAAGAUUCAUCCGGACCAGGUGGUUAUGUCCCACAGCCCACUCAAGAUGUUUCCGCAGUUUCAUGACAAUCACGUUCUUGUCUCGGGACAGGGGCCUAUCAAAGAGAUCGCUAAAUAUCUUGGCUUUACUAAAGUGACCUCAGUUGAAGAUGUACGUGAUAUGUUUCCACAUCUAGACAUGGUUGAUCAUCAGAGGAGAGCACCAGCAGGCAAUCCCAAUGUAGAUAUUUUCCUUCCUAAGAUCGAGGCAGUGGUUCUAUUUGGAGAGCCAGUCCGAUGGGAGACCAAUCUUCAGCUGAUUCUCGAUGUCCUUAUCACCAACGGCCAGCUCAACCAAACGCUGGACCAUGUGCCAUACCCUAAUAUACCCGUGCUCGGAUGCAAUGUGGACCUCAUGUGGAUGUCUGAAGCCCCCCGCCCAAGGCUGGGUCAUGGCUCCUUCAUGGUCUGCUUAGAAUCACUGUACAAGAAAAUCACAGGGCGUGAUCUACUGUACACAGUUCUAACGGGUAAACCUAGCCAGAUAACCUACCACUGUGCCGAGAAUGUACUGAGUCAACAGGCCCAGGCUAUGGGGUGUACGGCACCGCUGAGGACCCUUUAUGCGAUAGGUGACAACCCCAUGACGGACAUCUACGGUGCCAAUCUCUACAACCAGUACCUGAUGGCCAAAUCCAACAGUCGUCUCAAGGUCCCCGGUCAUCGUCAUACGGCUACAAUCCGCCAAGGUGUUGCCAUGUCGGACAGCCAUCAUCCGAUUCCGGACAUAGACACCAAUGGAGAGGAUAGCGGUCACCACACCAUCAAUGAGCUCAAUAGUCAUGUAUGUGAGGGGGAGGUUAAGAUGAACGACAUCGUCGAUGACGGAUGUUCUGUCUGCAUGGAGUCUGUACUCGUCUACACCGGUGUGCAUUCCAAACCCAACGAGGUGGGCCUUCUCAACGAAACCACGCUAGAGUUAGACCAUGGACACAGGGACUUUGAAUACAACAAAGCUCUGAUUAAACCCAGUAUAACCACGCAGAAUGUACUUGAGGCAAUCGACGUCAUCUUUGAUCGAGAGGGUUUCAAGUGAGCCCGUACCGCAAAUCGUUCUGCCAAAAUGUGUGUGAUAAUGGAGUGAAAUGGGUGACUCCUUUAAAAUGAAAACCCAUUUAAUUUAUUGCUUCUGUGCACAUUCUGUACUAUUGUAUGAAAGCAAUUUUUGAAAACACUUUUGCAUUCAAGGCUUGGGUGUGACGUGCAAACAAAGCUCUAUUUUAUAUUUUUACUGGACUCUUUAAGGUCCCAUAAAACACCGUUACUCUCAAGAAUUUAACAACAAUAUUUCAAAUAUUUAUUCUUGUGGUGAGGAUGGUAUUAGAUGUUUAUGCACCAUAAAUUAUUGAAUGUUUUAAGUUUUUGGCGACAGAUAUUUUUUAAAUGCCCUGCUCAUCAUAAGAGAGAAAAGAAGAAUAAUUUCCUCAUGGGUGACAAUAAAGCAAGUUUGAGCAAAACCAACAAUCAUGAACCUUAAAAUUGAUUUCUAGAUGAAUUGAAUAAAUAAAAGUGUCAGAAAAUACAAAAGCCUCCCAAAAGGAUUUCUUGCCCCCCCCCCUCCCCAAAAUUUUGAGCCGUGCUAUGGGUAAUGUAGUGGUGUGUUGUGAGUGAGAGGUCAAUCACCCCGGACAUAAGGUUUGUUGUUAAGAAUCAGCAAAGUACGGGUUCGAGUCUUGGUCGUGAAACUGACUUGUAAACACUAUGGCCACAGAUUUACAUUAAAAUUACACGGUUUAAAGAUAAUGAUAGUGGAAAGCUUUCCUUGAAAUUUUACUUAAAAUCACCCUGCCUUUAAACAUUAUUACAAAUGAGUUGACUUGAUCUAGAGUUGGCUGAGAAGGUUCAGUCAUCCUUUACUAAUUCUUAUUCAGCCAAACGUGCUUUCAUCAUCGUAAAUUAUAACUUCAAAUUUUUUAAAAAGGGUGGUGUCUGACAUCUUUUUAAAAAGUGUAUAAUUUAAGUGUUUUCUCAAAGUAUGCAUUAUAGUGUUUGAUAGGCAAGGAAUGUGUAUAGAGUUGGGACAUUAGUUGUACAGGGGUGGUCUGCAGGACUAAGUGCUCUUGUUUUAGUGAAAGUAAUUAAAACUGGGCUUAAUUUGUUUGCGGCAAAGGGUAAGUUGCAGGGUCUUCAAAUGAAGUUACAACAACUUUGACAGUUUUGCUUCAUGCUUCUCUGGAGGAUUGAUAUUUAUUAUGAACCUUGUAAUCAGUGAGCUUUCAGAUUGAAAUAAAUCCAUUAUUAUUUCUUUCUUUUUGAUAAUAAACAAUCCUGCAUUAAAUUAACAAUCAAGCUUUAAAUUUAGUUGUUUGUUUGUUUCCUUAUAUCUAAGCAUCGAUUACCAAGCUCUCUUCCAACUUGGACUAAAAAAUGUCUGCAAGAAAAACCAAACUAGAAAAAUCUUGGUAAAACAGAAAUUGGUUAGCGGCUACAAUAUCAUGUGAUGUACCAUCUUUUCUAACUGAUUCCCUCGCGAAUAUUGUGCUAUGCAACUUUGUUUUGAAGCAACAUUUUCUGUGUAGUCGCCCUGUGACAUUUGACCCAAAGAUAUGUUUUUACAAGGUAAAUACUAAACAAACUAAUGUACUGUAUAGGUUUCCUUUAUUUAACAUAUGAACAUGCAACUGUAAAUAUAUUAGCAUUUUCUGUAAAUAUCACUUCUGAAUAAAAAAUAAAUCACUGUACUAUCGCUAAUAAUAAUAAUAACAUCAAGUGUUCCUAGUCGCACAUCAUUUUCUUAAACUAUUUAUUUUAUCAUUAUAUCAUCCAUUGUUUAAAUUCAUUUCUAUAAAAGAUUGUGUUGAACCAAUUGUGGAUAUUAUUUUGAUUUAAAGUAAAAAACAGUGAAAAUUAAAGAGUGCUUUUCAUACAUGUUAUUUGUUUGCUUUUGGAAGGUUUAAUGCUAUUUAUUUUAACGCUUUUUCAUAAAUAGCCUUUAUAAGAGUAGCAUCAUUUCAGAUGCAGAGGUUUUUAUUAAGUAACAGCAUUUAUAAACCGCCCUCAUUGUUUCAGAUAAUGCACAUCGUUUCAUUUUUCCACUGUACUGUUUUAAAUAAUUCAUAAGAAAAGUUGUAAAACUGACUAGAAGUGCUUUUGUGUGUCAAGCCUUUGUGUUCAAAGCACCUUUAAUGCAGAUUUGACUAUUUGCGGUGUACGUUUACUUUCAUUUUCAUUGUUUAACCCUAGGUGUAGCAGGUGAAAUAAUUUUAGAGAAACAUAUAGGGUAACUAAUAGUAAAGUGAACAUUUUGGACAUUAAAUAAAUAAGAGAAACAUA